AUGAAUACGGAAUGGGAAGAGGAGGAAGACGACCCAACUUACAAGGAAGAAUCCACAGUGUUUAGCAGACUUCCUCCGGAGCACGAAGCAUACAAACCAACCAAGCGCGCAGGGUAUAACCCCAAAGCAGAGCAUGAUUAUACCUUGAGCUAUCGUCCUGAGGACAUGGCUGAAAAUUCAAAAUUCAUUCGAGAAAUCGCGUGCGCGGCCAUCGACAAAACGAAAUUACCACACAACGUGGGUAAAUACAACGGGUUGACGGACCCAGACGAUCACCUCCAGGUGUUUAAAGGCGCAGGAGCAACAGGCGGAUGGAACUUACCAACAUGGUGCCACCUCCUAAAGCAAGAAAUCGAAAGAGCUCUAAGAGACGGAAAGCUCACCCACUUAGUCAAAGGUGGAAAGCGCGAUUACCGCCAGAUACAAAGAAGAGACGAAGGGCCAGACAAUAAGAAGCUCAGAAAGUUAGAAACUCACAUGGUGCAAGGAGGUCCAUGGCGACCAAGAAAACAUUACAACAAGCGCGCGCAAGAUGAUUCAUGGCGCGAGAAACAAGUGGUUUUCCCAGUUGUCAGAGGGGGUCCAAGAGAAAAGCGGCCAAUAGUCAUUCCAGGGGUGAUCGGUCACUACCAGACAGAUUAUAUCUUUAUUGAUCCCGGGAGCACUGCGGACAUCAUAUAUGAACAGUGCUUCAAUCAAUUUGACCAAGAGGACAAGGCGCGCCUAGAGCCAGUCGAUUACCCAUUAACUGGUUUCUGCAACGAGGCCGUCUUUCCCCUAGGACAAAUAUCAUUCCCAGUAUUACUUUCCGAUGGGAGAAAUUCAAGAACCGAAGAAGUCACAUUCAUGGUACUGCCGGCACACUCGAGGCAUGACAUCCUCCUAGGAAGAGAAUCACAAGGAGAUUUCAACAUGAUCUGUUCCGCACCACAUUUCGCCGUAGGUUUCCCGACCGAAACAGGCGUUGCAUUGAUAUAUGCAAGCAAAGAAGUGCUGGCAACAGACGAAAUCAGGCCAGCAAAAUCAAGCAAACACGCACCGCGCUUAGAAGCAGAGAAAUGGGUAUUGAAUAGCGCGUACCCAGAACAAACAGUCACUCUGGGGCCCGCAAUGUCUGAUCUAACGCGCGCGGCGCUAAAGAAACUAUUGCACGAAAAUAUGGACGUGUUCGCCUGGACACCGGCUGAUAUGGUUGGCGUACCACGGCACAUAGCAGAACACCGGCUAAAUGUCUCAGAAGACGCAAAGCCAGUAGUGCAUGCUAAACGACACCUGGGAGAUAUCAAACAUGAUGCCAUGAAAGAACAAGUGUUGGAAUUACUAAACGCAGGGAUCAUCAGAGAAGUCCGGUACCAAACGUGGGUAGCAAGCCCAGUAAUGGUAAAGAAACCGAAUGGCAGUUGGAGAAUGUGUGUCGACUAUAAAGAUCUGAACAAAGCAUGUCCCCGUGACUGCUACGCCUUACCAGAUAUAGAUGAGAAAAUCGAUUCUUUGGCAACAUUCCGGUGGAAAUGUUUCUUGGAUUGCUACAAAGGGUACCACCAGGUCCAAAUGGCCGUCCAAGAUGAGGAUAAAACCGCAUUCCGCACGCCAACAGGGUUGUAUUGCUACACCAAGAUGUCGUUCGGCUUAAAGAAUGCGGGUGCAACAUACCAAAGGUUGAUGAACGAAACAUUUAGUGACGCCAUUGGUAAGUACAUAGAAGUAUACAUGGAUGAUCUGGUAAUCAUGAGCAAGGAAGAGAGCGCGAUGCUGGCAAAUAUCCAAAAGACCUUCAACACGCUGCGCAGCGUAAGUAUCAAACUGAACCCAGCAAAGUGCUCAUUCGGAAUGGAAGAAGGAAAGUUUUUGGGCUUCAUAGUCACAAAAGACGGUUUUAAGGUGAAUCCAGAAAAGGUCCAGGCCAUAGAAAGGAUGCCUUCGCCAGCAAACGUCAAAGACAUGCAAAAGCUUGCAGGACGAUUGGCAGCACUCAAUCGGGCAGUCGGAGCCGUACUGCUUGUUGAUCGUCAAGGUGUCCAAACGCCUGUAUAUUACGUGUCUCGAACCUUGACCGACCCUGAAACCAGAUACGCAAUCAUGGAGAAGCUUGUCCUUGCACUGAUCCACGCGUCAAGAAGGCUGCGAAGAUAUUUCGCUAAUCACGUCAUCCACGUGCUAACAAACUACAAUAUCGGAAAUAUCCUAGCAAGGCCAGAAAUAUCAGGAAGAUUGGCCAAAUGGGCAAUAGAGGUAGGGGGACACAAUGUGGUUUUCAGACCACGUCCAUCGAUCAAGGGCCAAGUCUUGGCAGAUUUUAUGACAGAAGUCCCAGACGACAAAGACAGAGAAUGCAAGGCGAUGGAGAAAGCUGAGAAAAAACAAACAGAAGAGCCAUGGCUACUAUACACAGAUGGUGCAUCCAACGAAGAUGGGGCAGGCGCAGGGCUAAGGCUAGUAAGCCCUGACAAACAUGAGUUCACAUACGCCAUACGCCUAGACUUCAAGAGCACAAACAAUGAAGCAGAGUACGAAGCCUUUCUGGCCGGCUUGCGUUUGGCAAUCAAAAUGGGGGUCCGACACAUCGAAGCACAUGUGGACUCCAUGUUAGUAGCAGGCCAAAUCAACGGCCAGUACGAAGCCAAGGGCGACAUAAUGGCACUCUAUCUCAACCAAGCGAAGACGUUGUUACAAACUUUCUAUUCCUACAAGGUGCAUCACAUAAACCGCAGCGAAAACAAGCCGGCAGAUGCUUUAAGCAAGCUUGCGUCGACAAGUUUCCAACACCUAGCAAAGGAUGUGCGCAUAGAAGUUUUGAGCAACCCAUCCGUUCCACUCAGAGAAGUCAGCGUCAUCCAAACAGGAACCACGUCCUGGAUGACACCCAUAAUCAUGUACUUACAGUCCGGGAUACUUCUAGAGAACAAAGCUGAGGCGCGAAAAAUCCAAUACAAAUCAGAACAUUAUCAGAUGGCAGACGGGAUACUAUAUCGAAAGUCAUAUCUCGGCCCGCUGGUAAGAUGUGUUGAUGCCGACGACGCAAAUUAUCUGAUCCGUGAAGUACAUGAAGGCAUUUGUGGUAUCCAUGCCGGACCGCGAAUGGUAGUGGCAAAAGUAAUGAAUGCCGGAUACUACUGGCCCGGGAUGCACCUCGAUGCCGUGAAAGAGUUGAGAAAAUGCAGUGGCUGCCAGAGGCAUGCACCAAAAACCAUGCGCCCCAAAAACGAACUGGUACCAGUAACAACCGCAUGGCCUUUUCAGCAAUGGGGCAUAGACAUGGUGGGCCCCUUCCCAGAAGCUCCAGGGGCAGUUAAGUUCAUCAUAGUCGCGGUCGAUUACUUCACCAAGUGGGUAGAAGCAAAGGCACUCGCAUCAACCACGUCGGCAGUCGUUAAACGAUUCAUAUGGGAACAAAUCAUAUGCCGGUUCGGCCUACCACUCAGAAUCAUCGCCGACAAUGGAACAAACUUUGCAGCAGAUGAUCUCGAACGAUGGUUCAAGGAACUAAACAUCGAACAUACCUUCUCGUCGGUUGCACAUCCGCAAGGGAAUGGUCAAGUUGAAGCGGUCAACAAGAGCAUCGUCGAUGGCAUAAAGGCAAGGCUCGGUGAAAAAAGACAAAAACCGGGGAAACUGGCUCCCAAAUCGGAAGGCCCGUACAUCAUUGAUGAGGUCCUCGGCAAGGGGGCAUACAAGCUACGCACCAUGAACGACAAAGAGGUUCCACGAACCUGGAAUGCCCAACAGUUACGAAAAUGCUACAUAUAA